GAUGCCCGGACAAGUCCAAUUGGCCUGGGAGAGCCGUCCCACGGCGUUGGCGGGGUAACGAGCCCCGAAAGGCGCCCUGCUGGUUAGGUGGCAGUGAGAAGCGUAGCCACAGGCCUCAUCUCCUUUCAGCGAGCGUUUUGCUGGGCUGCCCGCGGGGAUGCAGUGGGCCGUGGGUCGGCGGUGGGCGUGGGCCGCGCUGCUUCUGGCUGCCGCAGCUAUACUGGCCCAGAUGGUCUGGCUCUGGCUGGGCACGCAGAGCUUCGUCUUCCAGCACGAAGAGAUCGCGCAGCUGGCGCGGCAGUACGCGGGGCUGGACCACGAGCUUGCCUUCUCUCGGCUCAUCGUGGAGCUGCGGCGGCUGCACCCAGGCCACGUGCUGCCCGACGAGGAACUGCAGUGGGUGUUCGUGAACGCGGGCGGCUGGAUGGGCGCCAUGUGCCUUCUGCACGCCUCCCUGUCCGAGUACGUGCUGCUCUUCGGCACCGCCCUCGGCUCUAGCGGCCACUCUGGACGCUAUUGGGCUGAGAUCUCCGACACCAUAAUCUCUGGCACCUUCCACCAGUGGAGAGAGGGCACUACCAAAAGUGAGGUCUUCUACCCAGGGGAGACAGUGGUGCAUGGGCCUGGUGAGGCAACAGCUGUGGAGUGGGGGCCAAACACAUGGAUGGUGGAGUACGGCCGGGGUGUCAUCCCGUCUACCCUGGCCUUCGCACUGGCUGACACAGUCUUCAGCACCCAGGACUUCCUCACCCUCUUCUACACUCUUCGAGCCUAUGCCAGGGCCCUCCGGCUUGAGCUCACUACCUACCUCUUCGGCCAGGACCCCUGACCCACCAGGCCUGGAGGAGGACCUGUGGGUGGACAGCAGCGGGCAGGCCCGCGUAUCCAUUUGCUGGAGCCCAUGUGAAAAGAUGGACAUACAACAUGCAGAUACUGAGUUCCUGCUGUACAAGCAGGGA